AUGGCUUCGCAGUUCAGCGGUGUGCUGCAGCUGACAGACCUCGAUGAUUUUAUCACCCCCUCUCAGGAAUGUGUCAAACCUGUCAAAGUAGAGAAGAAACAAGGUAAAUCUGUGGCCAAAAUUCAAAUAGAAGACGAUGGCAGUUACGUCCAGGUCAGCCAGGAUGGUGGCAAGCAGAAGCUGGAGAAAGCAAAGAUCACACUGAAUGACUGUUUGGCCUGCAGUGGCUGUAUCACCUCCGCUGAGAGUGUCCUCAUCACGCAGCAGAGCCACGAGGAGCUCUUUAAAGUGCUGCGCAACAACAAGGCCAGUGCGACAGAGCAAAAGGUGGUGGUGGUGUCGGUGUCGCCGCAGUCCAGAGCCUCUCUUGCAGCACGCUAUGACCUCAGCAGUACUGAGGCAGGGAGCAGGCUUACUUCUUUCUUCAAAGGUCUUGGGGUUCAUCAUGUGUUUGAUACAAGCUUUAGUCGGACCUUCAGCUUGCUGGAGAGCCAGAGGGAGUUUGUGGAGCGUUUCCAGAGGAAGGAGCAGGACACCAAAUGUCUACCCAUGUUGACAUCAGCCUGUCCAGGUUGGAUUUGCUAUGCAGAGAAGACCCACGGGGAGUUCAUUCUUCCAUACAUCAGUACCACUCGCUCCCCCCAGCAGAUGAUGGGUUCUCUGGUUAAAGGCUACUUUGCUGAACAACAGGGUCUCAGUCCACAGCAGAUCUACCAUGUGGCAGUAAUGCCCUGCUUUGACAAGAAACUCGAGGCCUCGAGGUCAGACUUCUACAUGAACGAAGCUGAGACUCGGGAAGUGGACUGUGUCAUCACCUCUGGAGAGGUUCAGAUAAUGCUGGAGGAGAAAAAUGUGUCUCUUAGUGAUGUGGAACCGGCGCCCCUUGAUGAAAUGUUCAGCAGCGUGAGUGGGGGUGAGUUCCUGAGCCACGCUGGGAGCGGGUCAGGGGGCUACCUCCAUCAUGUCUUCACCUAUGCUGCCAGGCAGCUGUUUGGAGAAGAGGUGAAGGAGCUCACCUACAAAACCCUCAGGAAUAAAGACUUCCAGGAAGUGACUAUAGAGAGAGACGGAGUUGUCCUGUUGUGCUUUGCAUCCACAUACGGUUUCCGCAACAUCCAGAACCUGGUGCAGAAGCUCAAGAGGGGGAAGUCACCUUACCACUUUGUGGAAGUCAUGGCCUGUCCAUCAGGCUGUCUAAACGGUGGCGGACAGGUGAAGCCCUUACCUGGUCAGAACCCAAAGGAGCUUCUCCAGAAGGUCGAGGCGCUCUACAAGGCAGAGCGCCCCCUAUCGCCUGAGGAUGAUUCUCGUGUGGCCGAGCUGUACCAGUCCUGGCUACGCAGUGUAGGGGAGCAGAGAGCCAAAGAGCUGCUGCACACACAGUACCACACUGUGGAGAAGAUGACGAACGGGCUCACUAUGAAGUGGUGAAUAAUGCAUCUGCAGGAAUCCACCAUCAGCAGACUGGAUGUUAUUGCAGAAUUUUAUUUUUGCACAGCAGACACUGAAUACAGAACCGUCCAGAUACAUGUGCUUACUUCUGGGUUGUGAGCAAAGUCGAAUAUAAGCAGGUGUGAUGUGUGCCAACAACCUUUUAAGCCACUUAACAUAGUGUGCCUGGAAAGGUAGAAGACCCAGGCGUGGAUAGAAGACACAAUGAUGAAAGUCAAGCCAAAUUAUGUAUGUGGUCUGAGAAUUUGUCCUUACACUGCUGAUUGUCAUUUCACACGUAUGAAUAGUCAGUUAUUAAUUUGUGUGGCACCUGUUACACUUCAAAAAUGUGAUCUGAAAUAAUAUACAGCAAAAUAUAAUCAUUCCUGUUUAUUAAACCUUAUUAUGUGUGUAUAUGUAUAUAUAUAUACAUGUAUAUAUACAGAAAAAUAAAGACAUUAUUUAAUUGUAACCAUUCAUUUUGU